AUGACGUAUGGUGCCGCCGCUAACGUCACAUGUGAAUCAGGAUUUGACGCUAGUAUAGAUCAAGUUACCUGUUUAAGUAAUGGAUCAUGGUCAGAGGCAUCGUGUGCGCCAAAAGAUUGUGGACCUGUUGAAAUUAUACCGAACGGACAAAUUGAUCUGAAUAAUCCAUUCAACACGACAUAUGGUGCCACGGGUAACGUAACAUGUAACUCUGGAUUUGACGCUAAUAUAGAUCAAGUUACCUGUUUAAGUAAUGGAUCAUGGACAGAUGCGUCGUGCAUACCUAAAGAAUGUGGACCUCUGCAAACAAUACCUAACGGCCAAAUUGAUCUGAAUGAUCCAUCCAACACGACAUAUGGUGCCGAGGGUAAUGUAAUAUGUGACUCUGGAUUUGACGCUAAUAUAGAUCAAGUGAGCUGUUUAAGUAAUGGAUCAUGGUCGGAGGCAACAUGCACACCUAAAGAUUGUGGACCGUUUAUACCGACACUGUUCGGAAAAAUUGAUCUGAAUGAUCCAAACAACAGUUCAUAUGGGGCCACCGCUAACUUCACAUGUGCACCUGGCUUUGACGCUAGUAUAGAUCAUGUGACCUGUUUGAGUAAUGGAUCAUGGUCAGAGGCAUCGUGCACACCUAAAGAUUGUGGACUUGUUGAUUCAAUACUGAAUGGACAAAUUUAUAUUCGUGAUUCAUCCAACACGACAUAUGGUGCCGCCGCUAACGUCACAUGUGAAUCUGGAUUUGACGCUAGUAUAGAUCAAGUGACCUGUUUAAGUAAUGGAUCAUGGUCAGAGGCAUCGUGCACACCUAAAGAUUGUGGACCUGUUGAAACAAUACAGAAUGGAAAAAUUGAUCUGAAUGAUUCAUCUAACACGACAUAUGCCAAACUUAAGAUCCAUCCCGAGGAUGAAGGAACAGUUGAGAACGACACUUGCCGUCUAAUGUCGCCUGGCCAAGUUGUCGGGAUUAGUUGGAACUUGCAAACCAACAACCUCGCCAAAGACAACGGGAACAACCUAGACAAGCAGCCAAUGAACGUCAUCGAUUCCGAUAACUUUUUAUAA